AUGACACCAGUAAAAUCCCCCCUCCGAACUCUUGGCUCCAAAGCCCUCUUCUACCUGUUCGGCACCCUCCCCCUAACUACCGCGGUCCCCUACCCGCGCGACAGCAGCUUCCGCGGCGUCGGCCUCAACCAGCUCAUGCCUCGCCAAUGCGCCACUUACUGCGGCUGGAACAACCAGAUCUGCUGCGAAGCGGGCACUGAAUGCUACACGGUCGGCGAUUUCGCGGGCUGCUCGUCCACUGCCGGCGGCGGCUGGAUCUACUACACGACCGUGUGGACCGUCACCAAGACCAAGACCUACACCAGCAUCUAUAGUUCGUGGAUCUCCUACUUCCCUGCAACUACUGCGACCGCUGUUGGCGAGGAUUGCAUCCCCCCUGAGGGAUCCGGCUGGAUCGCCUGCGGGCCGAUUUGCUGCGCUGCGUGGCAGUACUGCGCUUCGAAGGGGCAGUGUCUUCCGAACGCUGGAUAUGGCGCUGGCGGUGAGAUUAUCACCUCGACGCUGGUGUCUGACGGCGUGACCAUCACGACCCAGUUUAGUGCUCCCUACCGGGUGACCAGCGGCACGGGAGGGGAGAUCCCCCCGCCGACGGCGACAGGCGAGAUUCCGGAACCAACCGAUGACCCUGAGGCCGUGGAAGGCGGCGGCGGCGGCCUGAGUGGCGGCGCGAUCGCGGGUAUCGUGAUUGGUACCAUUGCCGGCGUCGGGUUGCUGCUUAUGCUUUGCGCGUGCUGCAUCAUGCGCGGUAUCUGGCGCAGCAUUGGGGCGAUCUUUCAUCUGAUCAAGAAGAAGACGAAGAGAAGCAGCACCAGCAACGUUGAGGGCGGCCGGACCCAGCAUGACUCGUGGUACGGCGGUAAGCCAAGUUCGUCAGCUGUGCGCAAGGAGAAGGCCAAGGGUGCGGGUCUGAUAGGACUGGGCGCUGCGCUGGGCGGGCUGGCGCUGCUGCUGGGUCUCAGGAGAGAUAAGCAGGGCGCUACACCAGCUGCCUCUAGUACGAGGUCUCCUCGCAGCGAGACCACGAUUAGCUCGGGCUAUAUUUCGCUCCUCGAGCAGCGACCGCCGCACCCGCAGCUCAACCUCUCACUCCUCACACUCGCGCUCACACAUUCGGUCACACCAUUCUGGCUCUCGUAGAUCCCACCGCUUGCCAAGGGAUUGAAGGGUUUUCGGUCAAACCCUUAUUGA